AUGGAUGUUAUCUGGCGUGACGAGACGGACGAAGCCGACUACGAAGCUGCGCGCCUCCGGGGGAUUUUUACAAAGGACAUACCACCAUAUUACCCUUUAGCCAUCGUCCAUGCCAGAACAACAAAUGACGUAAUAAGGACCAUCGAGCUAGCAAAGCAAAGAGGUUGCCAGGUCGCAGUACGUGCCGGAGGACAUUCGCACCCCGUCUGGAGUCUUCAUCCGAACUCCAUCCUGCUUGACCUGGGAUAUUGGAAGGAGCUGGACAUCGACAAUGAGACAAAUAUUGUUAGAGCGACCCCUGCCAUGACAAGUGGGGAGAUCAGUAAAUACUUAAAUAAGCGUGGCCUCUUCUUUACUACUGCGCAUCAUCCGGAUGUCGGUCUGGGUGGGUAUUUGUUACAAGGUGGUUCGGGAUGGAAUUACCGCAGAUUGGGCUGGGCCUGUGAAAGCCUUGCAGCUUUAGAAGUCGUAACUGCAAAUGGCAAGCUUCUUCUCUGCAAUCGCCUGCAGAACCAGGAGCUCUACUGGGCGGCUAGGGGUGCAGGGCCGGCCUUUCCUGGUGUUGUGACGAAUUUUUACCUACAAGCAUCGCCUUUCCACGCCGACGGUGUUCGAUCCUCCGGCUACGUCUACCCUAGCCAUCGGUAUCGCGAGAUCUUCACUUGGGCGCAAUCGAUGGUAGCAAAAACAACCCCGGACAUAGACAUACUCCUGAGGGCCAUGCAUUCGGAGUCGAACGACGACAUAUGCCUUACAGUGCAAUUUUUUGCGAUGGAGAAAUCAUGCUCGGACGCUGAACAGGCUCUUCGUAUUGUCGAUGUGACACGGCCUUCUGGUGCCAUCAGCGAGUGGUUCUGUGAGGAGGAUAGCCUUAAAAGGCAAUACGCAGCGAUCAAGAAAAGCAGCCCGCCCGGCUACUACUACCUCACUGAUAAUGUCUUGCUGAACAAUGACGGUGAUGCUAUAUCUGUGCUCCAGGAAGCAUUUUUGACGUUGCCGAAAGGCAAGUCCUGGGCUGGCUGGACUCCCAGAUUUCCAAGCAGUAAACACACGAUAACUGGUAUGGCUAAAGGGAUACAAGCGAACCAUUAUUUUGUGAUUCAUCUGAUAUGUGAGGAUGCUACCAGUGCGAUGGAAUAUAAGAAGCAUCUGCAAGACAUAAUGCAGAGAAUAAGGCCACACACAGUCGGUCACUAUUUGGGUGACUCCGAUCUAAACGACGAUCCCAAGUGGUACUGGGGCGAAGAGAACAGCAGCCGGCUGAUGAGGGUUAGACAACGUUGGGACCCGGAUGGACUUUUUGCGGCAACGCAUAAUGGCCCAGCAUAG